AAUGAAAUUAUAACUCUCACUAAAGAUUUUUCUAUCUCCGAUUAUUACCAGAGUACACAUAAAGGAGACAGCACUUAUCAAUGGAUUGAACACUGGAAAAAUUUUAAGCAAGAGUCUUAUCGUAAUCAUCGGACAAGUGAGCUUGCAGAGGACCAUUGUAAAGGUGAAAAAGUCUUUGAGCAAAUGUCCAGUCACAAUAUACAUCAGGUUAUUCCUGUUGUGGAGAAGACACACAGAGGAAGUAAAUGUGUCCAGUCUUUUCAGCAGUCUUCACAUUACACUGAACAAGAGAAUGUUCAUACUGGGGAAGAGGCUGACAAAUGGAAUCCUUGUGACAGAAUCUCCAGUCAAGUAUUCAAUCUAAAUAAAAUGAAAAAAACCCAUAGUGGAGAAAAACCUUACAAAUGUAGAGACUGUGGCAAAGCCUUUAGCAGGUCCUCACACCUUAUUUAUCAUCAGCGAGGACAUACUGGAGACAAGCCAUAUAAAUGUGGAGAAUGUGGCAAAGCCUUUGGCAGUUCUGCAGUCCUUACUAAGCAUCAGAGAGUUCAUACUGGAGAGAAGCCUUAUAAAUGUAGAGAAUGUGGCAAAGCCUUUGGUAGGCACUCACACCUUAUUACGCAUCAGAGAGUUCAUACUGGAGAGAAGCCUUAUAAAUGUGGAAAUUGUGGCAAGGUCUUUGGCACGUCCUCAGACCUUACUAGGCAUCAGAUAGUUCAUACUAGAGAGAAGCCAUAUAAAUGUACAGAAUGUAACAAAAAUUUUGGUAGCUCCUCAGUCCUUACUAACCAUCAGAGAGUUCACACUGGAGAGAAGCCUUAUAAGUGUAGAGACUGUGGCAAAGCCUUUAGUUGGUCCUCAAACCUUAUUUAUCAUCAGAGAGUUCAUACUGGAGAGAAGCCUUAUAAGUGUAGAGAAUGUGGCAAAGGAUUCAUUAUGGCAUCAUCCCUUAAUUGUCAUCAGAGAGUUCAUACUGGAGAGAAGCCUUAUAAAUGUAGAGAAUGUGGCAAAGCCUUUAGCAGGUCCUCACACCUUAUUUAUCAUCAGCGAGGACAUACUGGAGACAAGCCAUAUAAAUGUGGAAAGUGUGACAAAGCCUUUAGGAAAUCCUCAGACCUUACAUAUCAUCAGACAAUUCACACCGGAGACAAGCCUUAUAAAUGUGGAGAAUGUGGCAAAGCUUUUGGCAGCUCUUCAGUCCUUACUAAGCAUCAGAGAGUUCACACUGGAGAGAAGCCUUAUAAAUGUAGAGAAUGUGGCAAAGCCUUUGGGAGGUCUUCAGUCCUUACUAAGCAUCAGAGAGUUCACACUGGAGAGAAGCCUUAUAAAUGUAGAGAAUGUGGCAAAGCCUUUGGCAGCUCUUCAGUCCUUACUAAGCAUCAGAGAGUUCACACUGGCGAGAAGCCUUAUAAAUGUAGAGAAUGUGGCAAAGCUUUCAGUGACUCCUCAAAGCUUAAUCGACAUCAGAGAGUUCAUACUGGAGAGAAGCCUUAUAAAUGCAGAGAAUGUGGCAAAGCCUUUGGCAGCUCUUCAGUCCUUACUAAGCAUCAGAGAGUUCACACUGGAGAGAAACCUUAAUGAGGUAGUUAAUGUGGUAAAGCGUUCAGUGACUCCUCAAUGCUUAAUCGACAUCAGAGAGUUCAUAUAGCAGAGAAGCCUUAUAAAUGUAGAGAAUGUGGCAAAGUAUUCAGUGACUCCUCAAAGCUUAAUCGACAUCAGAGAGUUCAUACUUGAGAGAAGUCUUACAGAUGUGAGGAGUGUUGGAAGUGUUUACCUGGGAGAACUUAGUGAAUAUCAUAGAAUUCAUACUGGGAUGAAGCCGAAUGAAUGUGCAAAAUAUAAAAACGCCUUUUUUGGUCCUGACCGGUUUGGCUCAGUGGAUAGAGCGUCGGCCUG